UUUUUUGAGGCCCCCCCCCAAGCCGGGCUACCGCCUCUUCCGAGAGGCUUUUUUUUUUUUUUCCUUUUCGUCGCGGCACCGGGCUACCGGCGGGGCGAGAUGACGUCACAGCGGCGGGACGCACGCAGGCGGAACGGCGCUGCGCGGCGGCGAGUCUAUGAUGACUUCAUGGGUUCAGCCAAAAAUGUGAUCAACGAAUCUGUGGACGCAGAGGAGAAAUAUAACAUGAUGGCUUCUUUCCAACGCUCUAACAGUCACGACAAAGUCAGGAAGAUUGUAGCCGAGGAGGGUCGCACUGCAAGGAACUUGAUUGCUUGGAGCGUGCCACUGGAGAACAAGGAGGAGGAGGGAAAACCGAAGUGGCAGGUGGGGGCAAAAUCUAAGAGGAUAAACCAAGGAACACACAAAAUUAGCAAACAGAGCACAGCAUCCGAUUGCAAAAUCACGCCAGCCUCCGGGGAAAAGACCUUCUAUAAAAGCCCCACUAAGACAAGGCAGCCACGGAAAGUGGACCUCCGGGCACGAUAUUGGGCGUUCCUUUUCGACAACCUAAGGCGCGCAGUGGAUGAGAUCUACGUCACUUGCGAAUCGGAUCAGAGCGUGGUAGAAUGCAAAGAGGUGCUGAUGAUGUUAGACAAUUACGUGCGGGAUUUCAAGGCCUUGAUAGAUUGGAUUCAGUUGCAGGAGAAGUUGGAGAAGGCUGAUGCUCAAAGCAGGCCAACCUCGCUAGCAUGGGAAGUCAAGAAGAUGUCUCCAGGGCGCCACGUGAUUCCCAGCCCAUCGACCGACAGAAUCAGCGUGACAUCCAACGCCCGAAGAAGUCUCAAUUUCGGAGGACCUCCUGCGACCGUUACCUCGAACCGCCUGGCUCCUUCUGGGGUCAGCUGGGCAGACAAAGUCAAGGCCAGCCACCCAGGAGCAGCUCCCCAUUCGGAGGAGGCGGCAGCCCAGGGCCGGGCCCCCUCUGCAGUGCAGAAGCCCUCCCGCCGAACGGAGAGGAGAGAUGCUGAAGGCUGGGAGACCGUCCAGCGAGGAAGGCCUGUUCGAUCCAAAUCCUCUGCUUUGGUCCCCAAAACCACUUCGUUGGCGGAAUCAUCGCACUUUAAGGAUGACAGCGACAAAGAAAACGUCCUUCUCCCUCCACCGGUCAACAAACGAAAGGGUUCAUUGACCGAGGACAGCAUUUCGAAAAAUGUGGAUCCCAUCCUGAAAGACCCUUGCCAUCAAUGUGAACAUCCGCUCACCGAGAGGACUCAGUUCACAGGCCGGGUGUUGGAAGACCUCAAGGUCUCCGAGAAGAUAAUUGGACCUUUGCUACCUGUUUCCGAAGUACCGCUCGUUCUCAUAGACGUCGAAUGCAACUCUGAGAGUCCACAGGGAGACGGCCCCGUCACCUCCAUUGCUCCAAAAAGUGAUGAAGCAGAAAAUGUCAAGAGCGAAAGCGAAAUGGACCCUGCAGAUAUUUCAAACUCCAUGGCCGAGGUGCUCGCUAAAAAAGAGGAGUUAGCGGACCGCCUGGAAAAAGCCAACGAGGAGGCCAUCGCGAGCGCCAUCGCCGAAGAGGAGCAGCUGACGAGAGAGAUCGAAGCCGAGGAGAACACCGACAUCAACUUAGAAACGGACAACGACAGCGACUUCUCUGCCAGCCUGGGCAAUGGCAGCAUAUCCUUCUGCGGCAUUUCCAUGGACUGGAAUGAUGUCCUGGCAGAUUAUGAAGCUCGUGAAUCGUGGCGCCAAAAUAAUUCCUGGGGAGACAUUGUGGAAGAAGAACCAGCUCGCCCACCGGGCCACGGAAUCCACAUGCACGAGAAACUCUCUUCUCCGUCUCGCAAGAGGACAAUUGCAGAAUCGAAGAAGAAGCACGAAGAGAAGCAGAUGAAGGCUCAGCAACUGAGAGAGAAGCUCCGCGAAGAGAAAACGCUAAAGCUUCAAAAAUUAAUGGAAAGGGAAAAAGAUGUGAAAAAAUGGAAAGAAGAACUGUUGGACCAGAGGCGAAGGAUGAUGGAGGAAAAAUUGCUCCAUGCAGAAUUUAAACGUGAAGUGCAGUUGCAAGCGAUUGUCAAAAAAGCCCAAGAGGAAGAAGCUAAGGUGAAUGAAAUUGCAUUCAUAAAUACGUUGGAAGCCCAGAAUAAGCGCCACGAUGUUCUGUCCAAACUGAAAGAAUACGAACAAAGACUGAAUGAAUUACAGGAAGAGCGCCAACGAAGGCAGGAAGAGAAGCAAGCCCGCGACGAAGCUGUCCAGGAGCGGAAGAGAGUUUUGGAAGCGGAGCGCCAGGCCCGGGUGGAAGAGUUGCUAAUGAAGAGGAAAGAACAAGAAGCUCGGAUUGAGCAGCAGAGGCAGGAGAAGGAAAAAGCCAGGGAAGAUGCAGCUCGGGAACGGGCCAGAGAUCGGGAAGAGAGAUUAGCUGCUCUGACCGCAGCCCAGCAAGAAGCCAUGGAGGAGCUCCAGAAAAAGAUCCAGUUGAAGCACGAUGAGAGCAUCCGGAGGCACAUGGAGCAGAUCGAACAGAGGAAAGAAAAAGCCGCCGAAUUAAGCAGUGGAAGACAUGCCAACACGGACUACGCACCCAAACUCACCCCCUAUGAGCGAAAGAAGCAGUGUUCCCUCUGCAAUGUUGUGAUUUCCUCGGAGGUGUAUCUCUUUAGCCACAUUAAGGGGAAGAAGCAUCAACAAGCCGUGAGAGAAAACAGCAGCAUCCAAGGCCGAGAACUCUCCGAUGAAGAAGUGGAACACCUGUCCUUAAAGAAAUACAUUGUGGACAUUGUGGUAGAAAACACGGUUCCCUCCGAGCCUGGAAAAGACGGUGAAGAGAGGCAGAGGACAAAAAAGAAAGCCAAGAAAUUGAAGGCACGGAUGAACUCAAGGGCAAAGGAGUACGAGAACGGAGUGGAGUCCAAAAAUGUCUCCUGUGAGUCGCUUUACAAAGCAAAGCUACAACGACUGGUGAAAGAUUUGCUGAAGCAGCUUCAGGUUCAAGAUGGUAGCAAAAUCUCCGCUCUGGAUAGGAUUUUGGGAGAGGUCUCGCGGAUCCUGGAAAAAGAGAAUGGGCCAGAUCAGGUCGCCUUCCACGUGGCUGGUGGGUUUUCCGCUCUGGAGCAAGUCCUCCAAGUUGCAACGACGUCCAUCAACCUGAACCCCGUUUCGAGAAUCCCUUUGAAAUCACUCUGUAGUACAAUCAGCGCUUAUUAUCUGGCCUGCAAUAACUGUCUGGAAAACUGUUCCUAUGUUCUCUUCAGCAACAGGAUUACUUUUUUAACGGAUCUGUUGAUGCACCAAUUAAUGGUAUAUCUCCCAGAUGAUCACAACGCUACUUCAGGAAGAGCAAUUAACAAGCAAGUCUUUGAAGGCCUAAUAACUGGAGUGCUCCGGACCCUGGCUGUAGUGUUUGGGUCUCUGUUGUCCAACCUGCCGAAUGCUAAUGACCAAAUUUGUGCCCCAAAAUUGAUUCAAGAUAUGAAAAACAAGACCUCCCAAGCUGAAAUUUUUAACAAUAGGAUACAAGACCUCAUCAGCUACAUGGUCAACAUUGGCUUAAUAGAGAAGCUGAGCUGCUGCUUCCUCUCUAUCCAAGGCCCAAUUGACGAAACCCCCAAAACGGCGGCUUUCUUGCAGAACUGCACCGCGGCCCUGCACGGGAUGUGUCAGCUGUGCUUCGCUGUCAAUGGCAGAUCCGGGAGCAUCUUCGCUGAGACCCACCAGGAUCCCACCGGGCUGGCGGUGGCUUUCAAGGCCACGGAUCUGGUGGGCGUUUUGCACAUGCUCUACUGCAUUCUCUUCCACGGCACCUUGGUGGAGCCGAGUGCGGCCAACCCCAGGGAAAGCUUCACGGCAAACACUUUGCAAGUCGCUCUCCAAAGUUUGCGCUUCUUCAAUAGUUUCGCUCUGCUAGAUCUCUCCGCUUUCCAGUCGGUGGUUGGCGCCGAAGGCCUCUCCCUGGCAUUCCGGCACAUCAUCAGCUCCUUGCUAUGGCACUGCUCCCAUCACACCUGCGAGGUGCUGCUUCACGAAGUCAUUGUCUGCGUGGGCUACUUCACUGUCAACCAUCCAGACAACCAGGUUAUUGUGCAGUCCGGCCGCCAUCCCACCGUGUUGCAGAAGUUGUGUCAGUUGCCUUUCCAGUAUUUCAGUGACCCUCGGCUAAUCAAAAUCCUCUUUCCGACACUAAUUGCCGCUUGUUACAAUAACCCACAAAACAAGAUGAUUCUGGAGCAAGAAAUGAGUUGUGUGUUGUUGGCCACUUUCAUUCAGGAUUCUACACAAGGCUCGGGCCAAACAGACAACCAGCCUUCGCAACAAAGGGAAACAUUCUUCAGUUCUCAAGAUUAUUUGGAGCUGUCAAACAGGUUCCCUCAAAAAACCUGGGAAGACGCCCGGCAGUUUUUCUUGAAGAAAGAAAAAAAGGGAUAACUUAAAGAAUUGUUUGUUUUGUUUCGUUCGGUUUUGGCCAAGACGACGAUGAAAGUCCUCUCUAGGAGAUGUUGCUGUUUUAACAAACAGAAGCAGAAAUCUUUGAGACCUUUCUUAAGGUUGCAAGUUCAUGCAGAAGCCUAAAGAAACAGAAUAAGAGAGUUAGAAGGGACCUUGGAGGUCUUCUAGUCCAACCCCUCACUCAAGCAGGAGACCCUAUACCAUUUCAGACAAACGGUUGUCCAAUCUCUUCUUAAAAACCUCCAGUGUUGGAGCAUCCACAACAUCUGGAGGCAAGCCAUUCUGCUGAUUAAUUGUUCUUACUGUCAGGAAAUAACAGAAUAACAGAGUUGGAAGGGACCUUGGAGGUCUUCUAGUCCAACCCCCUGCCUAGGCAGGAAACCCUACACCACUUCAGACAAGUGGUUAUCCAACAUCUUCUUAAAAACUUCCAGUGUUGGAGCAUUGUCAGCUUCUGGAGGCAAGUUGUUCCACUGAUUAAUUGUUCUAACUGUCAGGAAAUUUCUCCUUAGUUCUAGGUUGUUUCUCUCCUUGAUGAGUUUCCACCUGUUGCUUCUUGUCCUUCCUUCAGGUGCUUUGGAGAACAGCUUGACUCCCUCUUUGUGGUGGCCCCUGAGAUAUUGGAACACUGCUAUCACGAACAGCCCAAAUGUGGCAUGUGUAUGCGAGGUUCAAAGCACAAAUUCUGAAACGCUUUCACGGUAGGGGUUAAAGCAGGGAACUCUCACCAGUAAGACACACACACCCCUCUUUUUUUUUUCAUCCCACCCUCAGCAUUUCCUGUUCUUAUAGGGGGGAAAAAAUGAAUGCCACCUUGAGCUCUUAGACAAAAAGACAGGAUCUCAGCGGAAUAAAUAAAUACGCCUCUCAGGAAGUAUUUCCAAGGAUUAAGAGAUUGUGUCGCAGGUCUUCUUACUCCUGAUUUAUCUUAUUCCUCACCGUGAUAAAUCCAGGAAUAGAUUCUUUUCUGCCAUUGUGAAUUCUGCAGCUGGCCUCUGUGUGCCUCUUCCAUACAUCUAUCUCUUCCCAUGAACUGCUUCUUCUGGUUGACAUUUGUGAAGGAUCGAAAUACCUGCCAAAAAUGGAGCCAUGAAAUUGAAAGAGCUGGGUUUCCACACCUAAUGUUUAUCCAGAAGGCUCUCUUGGACAAAUAAAUAUGGAUUUUCCUCCUGCUGAUAGUCAGCCUACAAGCCCCCCUUUCCAGUCUGCUCCCUCCUCAAGUGUUGGACAUGAGUUCCUAUAAUAAUCUUGAUAGCUAGGGGGUGAAAGGUGUUGAAGAUCAAACAUCUGGAAGCAUCAGGCUGGAAGACAUUGUCUAGAAGUAGCUUUGCGGUGCAGGUGACCCAUCCUUCACAGUCGGGAACCAAACCCAAGGAGAUGUUUCUCCUGUUAAGUUCUUCUGCAAGAUGUACCUUAUGAACGUCCUCUACAGGUUGCUCUCCUGCUCCUCAGAAUGCAAAGGUGACCUUGUAGGACACAAAAUGGAAGGGCUGCUCCCUUGGGGAUCAUUCUCGAAUGAUUUUUCACCUUCCUUCUCUACUUCAUCCCUGGCGUUACUGUUCUUCCAAGUUUGAUUUCACACUGACUUAACUCUUCCCUAAGGUCAGGCCAGUCAGCGCAUUGGAGGGGACCGAGACCCAUAUAUU